AGAGCUUCUGGAGAUAUUACAGGGGACCCAGCCCGCAGCGACAGGCACAAAGUCACAGGGUAAUGAACUUCGGGGACCCUUUGCCGCUGCUUGCGCGGCUCUCCCCGGAAACCCGGACCCGGCCGCCGCUUUCCUCCGGAGAUUUCCUGGCAAUCUAGUUUUCCUACUCCGCUCUUGCAUUCCGGCAGCUCGGAGCCCAUCUGCCUCUGAGACUGCGGUUGUGUGUUUCAUCUUUCUUAAAAUCAGCGGUCUGUAGAGAUUGCCAACACUCUGCAUGCUUGUGCAGAGGGAGAGAUUGAAGACUGAGUGACAGGAAUGGGGAAAGAGAGAGCUUUUGCUUUUUUUGCACCGUAGGAAAGCCAUUUUCCUGUCUCGUCAGUCCCUGUCCUUCAGUUCCUCCCUCGUGUUGUCCCCUCUUCUUCAGCCUGCCUGCCUGUCCAUCCCUCCAUCUGUCUGUGCAUCUGUGUGUUCAUAUCGAGCAGCAUUCCCAGCAGCUGCAGUUUUGCAAGAGCCGGGAAUAAACUUAAGGAUGCUUAAAUUUCCACUGUGGAACGAAUUUUGAGCGGCCAGAGAACAGCGCCGCGCGCAAGCGAUACCCACCUGCCCAGCCCCGGAGCCUCGCAGGCUGGAGGGCGGCUGGCGAGCUGCGGCGCCCGGCAGCGAGGCAGGCGCUGCCGGCCGGGACUCGGGCAGUGCCCACCAGCCGCUUCGUCCUGGGACCGCCAGCAUGAGCAAGCCGGCCGGAUCAACAAGCCGCAUUUUAGACAUCCCCUGCAAAGUGUGUGGCGACCGCAGCUCUGGGAAGCACUACGGGGUGUACGCUUGCGACGGCUGCUCGGGAUUUUUCAAGAGGAGCAUUCGGAGGAAUCGGACCUACGUCUGCAAGUCUGGAAAUCAGGGAGGCUGCCCAGUAGACAAGACACACAGAAACCAGUGCCGGGCGUGUCGGCUGAAGAAGUGUUUGGAAGUCAACAUGAACAAAGAUGCCGUGCAGCACGAGCGGGGGCCUCGAACGUCCACCAUCCGCAAACAGGUGGCCCUCUACUUCCGCGGACACAAGGAGGACAACGGGGCGGCCGCGCACUUCCCAUCCGCGGCGCUGCCCGCCCCGGCCUUCUUCACCACAGUCACGCAGCUGGAGCCGCACGGCCUGGAGCUCGCCGCGGUGUCCGCCACCCCUGAACGGCAGACCCUCGUGAGCCUGGCUCAGCCCACGCCCAAGUACCCCCAUGAAGUGAAUGGGACCCCGAUGUAUCUGUAUGAAGUGGCCACAGAGUCGGUGUGUGAAUCGGCUGCCAGGCUCCUCUUUAUGAGCAUCAAAUGGGCUAAGAGUGUGCCAGCUUUUUCCACGCUGUCUUUGCAAGACCAGCUGAUGCUUUUGGAAGAUGCUUGGAGAGAACUGUUUGUUCUAGGAAUAGCACAAUGGGCCAUUCCGGUUGAUGCUAACACUCUACUGGCUGUAUCUGGCAUGAAUGGUGACAACACAGAUUCCCAAAAGCUGAACAAGAUCAUAUCUGAAAUUCAGGCUUUACAAGAGGUGGUAGCUCGGUUCAGACAGCUCCGGUUGGACGCCACUGAAUUCGCCUGUCUGAAAUGCAUCGUCACUUUCAAAGCUGUGCCCACACACAGCGGAUCUGAACUGAGAAGUUUCCGGAACGCUGCUGCCAUUGCAGCUCUUCAGGAUGAGGCUCAGCUAACUCUCAACAGCUACAUCCAUACCAGAUACCCCACCCAACCUUGUCGCUUUGGAAAACUCCUGUUGCUCUUGCCAGCUUUACGUUCUAUCAGCCCAUCAACCAUAGAAGAAGUGUUUUUCAAAAAAACCAUCGGCAAUGUGCCCAUUACGAGACUGCUUUCAGAUAUGUACAAAUCCAGUGACAUCUAAGCUCUCCUAGUAUCAGCUUUUCAGGAUGGGACAAUAUCAGAUGAACUUCAACCCAUGGAGAACAAGCCUCAACUAACAAACCCUUCAGGAAGCAUAAAUCUGGAAAUGUGUAGCCUUCAGGAAAAAUGCCAGUGGAUACAAAGCAGUUCCAGUAGCUUUGACCUGCUGCCUCAACUGGGGCAGGGCAGCCCAGAAGAAAAGGGGUGCGGCAGGACCACCUGAGAGCAAACUCA